AUGGAGCCGACUCUGCCUCUGCCUCUUGCAGCGUGUUCUUUGAAAAGCUCCAAGCUGAAAACCAGGGUUUAUGUUGUUUUCUUCUCAAUGGUGCUAUUCACCGCCUUGCUGGGCCUCCUGCAGCUUAAGUUCUUCAAGGCCAGAGUCAAAGACUUUUAUGCCUUUGAAGUGAAGGAUUCAAAAGGAAGGACUGUUUCCUUGGAGAAGUACAGAGGCAAAGCAUCUCUGGUUGUAAACGUGGCUAGUCAUUGCCAGCACACAGACAAAAGCUACGUCAUGCUGCAGGAGCUCCACAGAGAGUUCGGAUCAACCCACUUCACGGUGCUGGCCUUCCCCUGCAAUCAGUACGGAGAAUCAGAGCCCGGCACAAUCCAGGAGAUCACUUAUUUUGCCAAAUCAAAUUAUGGAGUAUCUUUCCCCAUUUUCAACAAAAUUAAGAUUCUAGGGACUGAAGCAUCACCAGCUUUCAAAUUCCUGAUAGAGUCAUCCAAGAAAGAGCCAAAGUGGAAUUUCUGGAAGUAUCUUGUCAGUCCAGAAGGCAAAGUUGUGAAAUUCUGGAGGCCUGAAGAGCCCAUAGAAAAUAUCAAGCCAGAUAUUGCUGCUCUGGUUAGACAGAUCAUUUUGAAAAAAAGAGAAGACCUCUGAAAAGGCAUUGAUGCCUUGGGACUGCUGAAUGACACAAUUUCUGCUAAAUGUUUUCAUACAUUUCUCCUGAAGUAGGGUAAAAAACAACCAGCUGGACAUUUUGCUGAUGAAUUUCAUAGUAGCAUCUGACAUGUUUAGGGCCCUCUGAGGAUGAUGCCUUAAUACAGCACUUUAUCCAACUUAGCCCUGGAGAUGUCCUCUUCAAAAAUGCAUGACCAGCAUAUCUGACUAAUGAAACCCAUGUAAAAGUGACAGUGAAUAUGAUAUUGAGCCAUAAUAAUCUAAGGUGCUUUUCCAGGUGAUGUCCCGCUUUAUACAAAACUAAGUAAUUGGUCACAUGAUUUAAGGAUAACAAAAAAGUUCUACAAAUCCUGGCUUCAAAAGAUCACUGUUUAGUAUACCAGUAGUUAGUAUACAUCCUUCGGGAGUCUCUUCCAUAAUGCUCUCAGUUUGCAUAACUAUACUAUUCCUUUUAGCCUCUGACUGAACUUGACUAUCCCUAGGUUAGGCAUUGCCCAUGGGAAUAACCAGAUAAAAUGGUAAAAGAAACCUACAGAAACAAUGCCCUAGUAUUAUGUGAUGCAGCCCAUCAUUUCAAUCCAGAAAUGAAUCAUCACCUGAAAAUCCUCCUAUUGAUUCCAUCUUGGUUCUUUGGAAGCUGGGCUAAUUUUCAACAUGACUCUGGAAUGUUGCAUUGAAAAGCAAUAUGGUGUGCAAAUACAGCAUUCUAAAUUGCAAAACACACUCCAUUAGUUGGAAACUAACUGAAUGAAGAUAUUUUUGUUUCCGAGCAAGUUAUUUAAUAUAUCAUUUGCCAAUGAUAUUUCAGAUUUUCGAGACAUUGAAUCAUUUCAUGCAAAAUUGUAUAUUCACCAUACAGACUAGCUUUGUAGCAGGAAAUGGUUGCAUUGUGUGGGGAAAUGCUCCAAAAUUGUAAAUACAGUAGUUUUAUUUAAUUUUAUUUUUUAAAGAGAUAGGAAAAUCCAAA